AACUUGGCAACUUUGAAGUUUGGAAACUGACAAUCGCCAGUGUUGCCCCCGAACAGUGCUGAUGAAUGGUCCUAUGAUGGAGAGGCUGAAUACCCGUGAAAAUUGUCUGCUCCUGCUUGGCUUCUUAUGUACUGAGCUGAUGGCAGCACGCAUGGAGGUGGACCAGAACCCAGAGAGGAAUAAACUUAUCGUUCAAGUCCGAGAGAGUGGACCAGCAAAGGAUUUGAAGUCAAUGCUUAUCUUGCUGAGUUUCGCAAAACCUCCACCAACUAUAACGCCACUGCAGCUGUUCAGUAAGAUUGAGCCCAAGAUUAAAGACCUCACAAAGAAUGUCCCAGCUCAUGUUCUUGGAAAACCUAUCCUCAAGGGUUUGCUUAGUGACAUACAGUGGCAGAAUAUUGAAGCGAUCGGUCAAGAAUUGGAAAAGGAGUACACGAUCCGAAGACAGAUGUUGAUAAAACGAUUAGAUGUGACCAUUCAAUCUUUCAACUGGUCUCAGCGUAUGAAGGGAAAACAAGACGAAAUGGUGAAGGCAUACCGACCCAUCCGGUGCAUGCUGCUACUGAACAUGGAUAUUGGUGUUGCUGAUGUGUUGAGUGCCAGAGAUGACCUAAUAAAAGAUGAGAAGGUUAGCAGUUCAAACACCCGUAAGAAGACACAAUGUGCUGUUAACAAAGUGCUUAUGGGACGGGUUCCUGAUCGCGGUGGGCGGCCUUACGAAGCUCAACCUCCCCCUGCAGAGAUGCCAUUCUUUAAGAAACGGGAAGCGGGGGGACAAGGUGGAGGUCGAGGAGGAGGUGGUGGCGGCUGGGGUGGUGGUUACCGUGGAGGAGGUGGUGGAAGGGGAGACCAAGGAGGUGGAUACAGAGGUGGAGGAGGUCGAGGUGGCAGAGGAGGACGGGGGGGAGGAGGUGGUGGUGGAGGAGUUUACAACCAACCACAUCACGGACAAGGAGGAACUUUUCAGCAAUAUGGAGGGGGUGAAGAUAGAGGUGGAGGUGGUGGCUAUGGAAGAGGUGGUGGUGGCCACCGGUACUAAGGCUAGUCGUUACAGCCCUCCCUCGAUCGUUAUUGGUAUAAGCAUAUGUAGGUAUCCUUAUAAUAAUCAAGUCCACUACAUAUCCUUCAAAUGCAUGUUGAAGUUGUUCAGUAGUUGACUGAUACAGAAAUCUUGGCCUCGCUCUCUGGAUGCUGCAACAUCUCCCAAUGUGCAGGAGAUUGAAGACUUGCAUGGUAUGCGUCAAAACGUGCGGCAGAAUCCAGCCUUUCUCAAUAUGCAGCAGGCUCAGCAGUGAUUUACGAUGCUUUUGCUUGGGUCUGCGUGUUGCUGCUGCAUGAGUGCGUAAAUGCAUGCAGGCAUCCCGCAUACAUACAUUCAGAACUGCUGUUUCAAUGUAACGCAACCUUUCGAAAUAUCAUAAUUCAAAAUGACGUCCAGUAAACAGUUUUGAAAAUCGUGUGUGAUACCCAAUUGCGUGCGAAUUCCAGUGUAUUUGCAGGAAUAAAGUAACGUUUGUGUCACUGUUCGUGAAAUAAAAGUAAACUGAAUUGAGUUUGCUACGAGCAAGAACGUUUCUUUGCGCGCAUUCCACAUGUAAAAUUGUACUUUGGUAUUUGUGAUGUAACGGGUAGCAUGAAAAGCAAGCGGAUUGUGUAAGUGGGCACACAUUGACUCCCGUGACUUGCUCUUUUAAAAACUUCUAACGGUAUCGUUUAAAUUAAGCGAACGAAAACCCCAAUUUAUAUUUGUGUGCAAAAUAUAUGUACAGGGUAGUUAAAUCUGCUAGAGUUGACGUUUUUAGCUCUAGUUUCCAAAGAAUUAAACGUAUACAUACACAUACGUACAUAAUAAGCAGAGAGGAUUGAUGUCUAGAUAUUGUAAAAUUCUUAAUUGUUCGCGCGUGCCAGAAAGCACGUACGGUAGAUGUUUUGUCCACCAGGUUUCUUUGCUUUUUGGUUUGUGUUUAAUGUUAUAUUGCCGGACGUAGUGGCGUGGAAAGACACAUGAUUUCCUCUCUGAAUAGCCGGUGAUAUGAAACCACAAUUAUCCUAUUUGUGUUUGUGUGUCGUACGCGAUUACAGUCGCGGCUUACUCGACGACUGAUGUCAGUAUUUUUGUGUGAAAUGUCAUUUUUGCCAGAGUUCGCUGAGCAGUGGAAUGAUCUCGCAACAUCGCUGUACAGUAACACCGCUACGAUACGAUUACACGGUUACGAUACGUUGCAAUACAAUUGCAGUUUGCGUAUGAAGAUUAUGAAAAAAAAAACCUGAUAAAAUGUUCUGAAAAUACGAGA